GGCCAUAGGAACACGCCGUGUGGCUGAGAAGUGGAAGCAGGCGCUCGCUCGGCCCCUGCGCUCCCCUCUACAGGGGGAUCAUUUUCUCCAGAAGCUGGAUAUUCUUAAUUUCUUACAACUAUGGCGGACAAAUUAACGAGAAUUGCUAUUGUCAACCAUGACAAGUGUAAACCUAAGAAAUGUCGACAAGAGUGCAAAAAGAGUUGCCCUGUGGUUCGAAUGGGAAAAUUAUGCAUAGAGGUUACACCCCAGAGCAAAAUAGCAUGGAUUUCUGAAACUCUUUGUAUUGGUUGUGGUAUUUGUAUUAAGAAAUGCCCCUUUGGCGCCUUAUCAAUUGUCAAUUUACCAAGCAACUUGGAAAAAGAAACAACACAUCGGUAUUGUGCCAAUGCCUUCAAACUUCACAGGUUACCUAUCCCUCGUCCAGGUGAAGUUUUGGGAUUAGUUGGAACUAAUGGUAUUGGAAAGUCAACUGCUUUAAAAAUUUUAGCAGGGAAGCAAAAGCCAAACCUUGGAAAGUAUGAUGAUCCUCCUGACUGGCAAGAAAUUUUGACUUAUUUCCGCGGCUCUGAGUUACAGAAUUACUUUACCAAGAUUCUGGAAGAUGACCUGAAAGCCAUUAUCAAACCUCAGUAUGUAGAUCAGAUUCCAAAGGCUGCAAAGGGAACAGUGGGGUCUAUUUUGGACAGAAAGGAUGAAACAAAGACACAGGCAAUUGUAUGUCAACAGCUUGAUUUAACCCACCUAAAAGAACGAAAUGUUGAAGAUCUUUCAGGAGGAGAAUUGCAGAGAUUUGCUUGUGCUGUUGUUUGCAUACAGAAAGCCGAUAUUUUCAUGUUUGAUGAACCUGCUAGUUACUUAGAUGUCAAGCAGCGAUUAAAGGCUGCUAUUACUAUACGAUCUUUAAUAAACCCAGAUAGGUACAUCAUUGUGGUGGAGCAUGAUCUAAGUGUAUUAGACUAUCUCUCUGACUUCAUCUGCUGUUUAUAUGGUGUACCAAGCGCUUAUGGUGUUGUAACUAUGCCUUUUAGUGUUAGAGAAGGCAUAAACAUUUUCUUGAAUGGCUACGUUCCAACAGAAAACUUGAGAUUCAGAGAUGCAUCGCUUGUUUUUAAAGUGGCUGAGACAGCAAAUGAAGAAGAAGUUAAAAAGAUGUGUAUGUAUAAAUAUCCGGGGAUGAAGAAAAAGAUGGGAGAGUUUGAGCUAGCAAUUGUAGCUGGAGAGUUCACGGAUUCUGAAAUCAUGGUGAUGCUUGGGGAAAAUGGUACAGGCAAAACGACAUUCAUCAGAAUGCUUGCUGGAAGGCUUAAACCUGAUGAAGGAGGAGAAGUGCCAGUUCUAAAUGUCGGUUAUAAGCCACAAAAGAUCAGUCCCACAUCAACUGGAAGUGUUCGCCAGUUAUUACAUGAAAAGAUAAGAGAUGCUUGCACUCAUCCGCAGUUUGUGACUGAUGUAAUGAAGCCUCUGCAGAUUGAAAACAUCAUUGAUCAAGAGGUACAAACAUUAUCUGGAGGAGAACUACAGCGAGUAGCUUUAGCUCUUUGCUUGGGCAAACCUGCUGAUGUCUAUUUAAUUGAUGAGCCAUCUGCAUAUUUGGAUUCUGAGCAAAGAUUGAUGGCAGCUCGAGUUGUCAAACGUUUCAUACUCCAUGCGAAGAAGACAGCCUUUGUUGUGGAACAUGACUUCAUCAUGGCCACCUAUCUAGCAGAUCGAGUCAUCGUUUUUGAUGGUGUCCCAUCUAAGAACACUGUUGCAAAUAGUCCUCAAACCCUUUUGGCCGGCAUGAAUAAAUUUUUGUCUCAGCUUGAAAUUACAUUCAGAAGAGAUCCAAACAACUACAGACCACGAAUAAACAAACUCAACUCAAUUAAGGAUGUAGAACAGAAGAAGAGUGGAAACUACUUUUUCUUGGAUGAUUAGACUGAAUCUGAGGAAAUCAAUAAGCCAUUUACUAAAAGAAACAUUGACUGGGAUUUUUGUCAUAUAAAACUUUAAUCAGGUUUUAUGCCCCCACAUACUUUGGAACUUGAAGUAUAAUUAAUAUACAUCAAAAGCCAGUUGUGUUGUAAAUUGUAGUCUGAACACAGAAAAUGCCACUUUCCUGGAAAAGUUCAUAAGGCACUUUUGUGCAUAUUCUAAAAUGAAGACAUUUCAAGCUACACAAAUUACCUCCAAGUUUUCAUGAUGUAUGGGAAGAUUUUCAAUAGUGUAAUAUAUUCAUGUACCAAAUGCUGACCAGUGUGUGCCCCCUUUAGAAAAAUCUUGAAAUUACUUUCUGUGCUUACCUGCUUUGCCAAGUAUGCCAGUAUAAUGAAAUUUCCUUUAUUUUAUAAGCUGGUCAAAGACCCCAUUGAUGAUAUUUGAUAAAUAAACCUGAGGAUUAUA